UCCGGGCUCAGGGUCCCGCCUCCUCAGCCACAGACAGACAGGGACCGCCCCGGGCUCACCCGCCCGCCCGACGACGGCGCUUUAAAAGCCAGUGCUGCAGCUGGGAGAGGCUGGGAGCUGAGCCGCCGCCCUUGCCCCUUCUUUAGCGCAGCCCAUGGAGGAGCUGGUAGCCCUGGUGCUCAGUGCCACCGCUGGGGGGCUGUUGCUGCUGCUGCUGGUUGGGGUGAGCUGCUAUCUCUGGAAGAUACUUGGUGGCACUUUUGUCUAUGAGGAGCUGCAGGGGACCACAGCUACCUCCAGCAUGCAGGGGGACAUGCUCUGCCUUCAGAGUACCAAGACUCAGACAAGCAGGCCCCCAGGUGUGCCAUUUGUGGUGCCCCCUUCCCUCCAAAGGCAAGACUGGGUACCUCUACACAGUGGAGUGUGGAGACAUAGCCCUCAGGACCCCUACCCAGCCCCAGAGUCCCCCCCUGACGCCUUCAGCAGCAAUGUUGGAGGUGCAUGUGCAUUAGGGGCCAUCAACCCAGAGCUGUACAAGUCCCUGGAGGACCAGGGUGAAAUGGACUUCCCUGAGGACUGUCUAGGGCGGCUGUGGUUCUCUGUGGAAUAUCAGCAGGAGGCCGAGCGCCUGUUGGUGGGCCUGGUCAAGGCACAGAGGCUGCAGGCCCCCUCAGAGCCCUGUAACGCCCUGGUGAAGCUCCACCUGCUGCCCGAUGAGCGGCGCUUCCUCCAGUCCAAGACCAAAUGCAAAACCUCCAACCCACAGUUUCAUGAGCACUUCAUCUUCCAGGUGUCCAGCAAGAAUGUCACACAGAGGGUCCUGAGGUUCUCAGUGUUUCAUGUGGACAGACAGAGGAAGCACCAGCUCCUUGGCCAUGUACUAUUCCCACUGAAGAAGGAAAGCCUGGCUGGCAACUCCCCACACCUCCUCUGGAGAGACCUGGAGGCUGAGAACCUGGAGCCCCCCUCAGAGUUUGGUGACCUGCAGUUCUGCCUGGGCUACAGCGACUCCCUGAGUCGACUCACUGUGGUUGUGCUGCGUGCCAGAGGCCUUCAGCUCCAGGAAGACCAGAGCUCUCUCACCUGCAAUCUACACUGCUCCUCAGGUGUGUUUGUCAAGGUGUCUCUGAUGAACCACAACCAGUUUGUCAAGUGCAAGAAGACCACAGCUGUGCUGGGCUCUGCCAACCCUGUGUACAGUGAGACCUUCAGCUUCAAGGUUGACCGCAUAGAACUGGACACCGCCAGCCUCAGCCUGAUAGUGCUACAGGGCACCGAAAGGGAAAAGAGCCACCAGCUGGGCCGGGUGGUGGUGGGGCCCUAUAUGUACGCUCGCGGCAGAGAGCUGGAGCACUGGAAUGAGAUGCUGAGCAAGCCCAAGGAGCUGGUGAGGCGCUGGCAUGCACUCUGCCAAGCCACUGAGCCCUGAUGCCUGGCCUGGGACCUCGAGUCUGCUUCACGCUAGCUAUCUCCACACUCAUGCCUGACAACCAUAGGUUUAGACACUUCAUCCAGCAUCUCCCUGAGCUUCAGGACCAGCCUGGACUUGGGAAGCUUGAGUGCUGAUGUGAAGGACAGAAGAGACAAGUCAGCCAUGUAAAUGGUUCCAAUCCACCAACUUGACAAGCCCUCUUGAUUCACUCCACAUGUCUGUACUUCGGGAGCUGCCUGGCCUCUAAGUGCCAGCUCUUGGCAUCACAGUUCAUUUGGACCCACUUCUCAGGCAUUCUGGAGAUGUUGAGCUGUAUCAUAGCUGUGUAGUGAACGGAAGUACAAGAUAAACUUGGAUUCCACCAGCUUGGAAGACUAAUGACAUAUUGAUGCUAAA